AUGCCUCAGUCCCCCUUCCACGGCAUCCUAGCCGCCCUAAUUACCCCGUUCACCACCGACCAAUCCAGCAUCGACGCCUCGACCCUGCAUUCCCACAUCAACACCCUCAUCAGUGCCGGCAUCCACGGCCUCGUUCCCGCUGGUAGCACAGGCGAAUUCACCACCCUCUCCCGCCUCGAACGCAAAGAGCUCCUAGAUCUCUGCAUCAAAUCUGCGGCGGGCCGGGUCCCCGUUAUCGCGGGGAUCGGGAGCACCUCGACCGAUGAAGCGGUCGAGCUGGCAGCGCAUGCAGGGCAAGCCGGCGCAGCAGCGGUAAUGGUUGUUCCACCAUUCUAUGACCCGUUGAACUACGUGCAAUUAAAAGAAUUUUUGGCUGCGGUUCAUGAUGCUACCGGCUCUUGUUCCUCUUCUUCUUCUUCGCUGCGGCUGCCGAUUAUCUACUACCACAUCCCCUCCGUGAGCGGGGUCACGCUUUCCCCAAGCCAAAUCGCCGGGUUGUCCGAUGUUGGCGUUAAAUAUGUCAAAGAUACCUCUGGUAACGCGCCCGCGUACACGGAGUUGCUAUUCGGACUUUCGGACAAAAUCAUCACCUUCAACGGAUGGGACACGCUUAUGUUCUAUGGGCUUGCUGCGGGGGCGCCGGGGGCCGUGUGGGGUGCUGCCAAUUUCAUCCCCGAGCUGGCGGUUGAGCUUUGGGAUGCUGUUGCUGUAGAAAAAGAUCUAGACAAGGGGAGAGCAUUAUGGUCGAAGAUAUGGCCGAUUUGUAGAUUUCUGGAGGCUCAUAAUUAUGCGGCGGCGGUUAAGACGGGGGUUGAGUUGAGGGGACUGCGGACAGGGGGGUUGAGAAGGCCGUUUGCGUUGCUGGAGGGGGCUUUAGUGAAGGAGUUGGCUACAUUGAUGGAAGAUGCUGGGGUGAGCGUAGUUAGGCCAGCCUAG